AGCGUUAAACUUUGCAACAUGAGCGCUUAUUCGGACGGCAUGCAGUGAGGUAUAUUUUGCGACCACCUGUUGUGAUCGGGAAAGAAAAGUAUUGGAUUGGAAGAUGAUAUUAGUGAUUAUUUAAAAAUCAAAACAGAAGGCUAAAGGUGCAAUGAAAUUCUAUCAAUUCUGAUAUAGCCACAUCCAUGACCUGCUAAUUUCGAUGAUAGCACACUGCACAGGUUCGCCGCGUCACCAGCGACAACUGACAUAGCCUGAAUAUUCAGGUAACUCUCAAUUUCCUGGCACUAUCAUCUUCAUGAUAGCGUCUUUACCAGUUAGGAAGAGCACUUCUCCAAGGUUAAAGGUUAUACAGACUGGGUACGAUCUCUAAACGAAUUUAGAAUACCAAUUCACCAUGCGACUUCGAGGAACAAAUCCCAAACUCUUCGACAUCCUCCUCCUCUCCCUCCUCGCCAUGGCUCUGCUUUCACAAACCACUGCGACCACGCUGGAAAGUUGGUCCAACUGUUCCGAGACCAAGGACCUCUGGCAUGACUCGGCUCGCUGGUCAUCGUCGCCGGCGACAUCAAGCUCCUCGGGCAAGAUACCGCUCUACAUUGCCGGCUUCCUGCCCUUCAGCAGCGAAUUCUUUGACCAGUUGGUGUGCACCGUGUUGAUGGCCGUGGAACACGUCAAUGAUGACCCGAAUCUCCUGGCGGACUAUGAGCUUCGUUUCAUCUGGAACUGGACUCAGGCACUUCCGGGUCCAGCCCUCCAGCUUUUCUACGACAUGGUAUACAAUUCCCCUCAAGUGGUCAUGGCGUGGGGGCCGACCUAUUCCAGGGUAGGGGAAGUCCUCAAUCGUGUAGCUGCUCAAUAUCAUUUGGUACAGGUUGGGAUCGCCCAGUUUCAGGCGAAUGAGCAACUGGUCGAGACCUACCCAUACACCGUUCAGAUCUACCCUGCCAACUCGGUGUUCAACCCGGCUAGGAUCGCCCUGAUGAGAGAAAUGAAAUGGAAAAGAGCGGCCAUUAUGUACCAAAACGUCAAUCUCUUUAGAGAUGAGAUGGUUGAAUUAGCAACAAUGAUGCAAGGAGAAGGACUGAAUACAAUUUCUAUCGAAACUGUCAACGAGGAUCCAAGGACGAAUAUUCAAAGCUUAAAGAGGCAUGAUGCCAGAAUAAUCUUUCUCAGUGUCUACCAAGAUAUGGCGACCAAGGUCUUUUGUGAGGCCUACCGGCAGGGGCUCUAUGGACCCAAGUAUGUCUGGAUCCUUAUCGGCUGGUAUCACGCUGGCUGGUGGAGGAUCGAAACCACCAACUUCCGGGACAGAGGAGAAGAGUUCUGCACCUUUGAUCAGAUGGAUGAAGCGGUAGAAGGGUAUCUCAGCAUGAGAGGGUUCGAGAUACAGGAGGAUCUGUCCAAGAUCAACUUCAAUGGAAUCUAUCCUGAUGAGGAUCGUCUAGAGUUCUUUCAUCAUCUCCAGGGUGAGCUGCUAUUCUCUGGAGCCUGUGACUCCUAUGGUUAUGACCAGAUAAUGACGAUAGCUUUAGCUCUGAAUUCUUCAACCGAAGUGAUUGCUUCCCGUUCCCCGGGCAGCACCCUUGCGGACUUUACUUACACCAACACCGAAAUGGCUGAUAUCUUUCUUCAUGAGGCAAAGAAUGUCAAGUUUGUUGGUCUCACAGGUCCAGUGGCUUUUGAUUCAGUCGGAAGUAGAGAGAGCAACGCUGUGAUUCAACAAUUACAAAAUCAGCAAGUGGAGCAAAUAUUCGUGUUCGAUCGAGAGACGGAUACGAUCCGUCUCAAACGGGACUUUCAGUGGGGAGGUUCUAUCGUACCGGUUGACGGUCCCACUGAACAGUUAUUGGACGUCCACAUCAACAAUGCGAAUCGUAUCGUGAUCAGCGCUCUGGCGGGUCUGGGGAUAAUACUGGCAAUCAUUUUCCUCUCGGUCAACAUUGUACACCGCAAAAAACGAGCUUUGAAGAUCUCCAGUCCAAUGUUGAAUAAUGUGAUUUCAAUAGGAGGCAUCUUCCUCUACUGUUCGACAUAUCUCUUGAGCGAAUCAUUGGAAGUGCAGCCACAAGAAAAUUCUGUUCUCACUAAUAUUGAGUGUCAGGCUGCUCUUCUGGUUGCUUCGGUCGGUCUCUCUAUGUCUUUCGGCGCUCUCUUUAUGAAAACAUACCGUAUUCACCAAAUCUAUACAAGCGCUAUGAAAGUCAGAAAAGUUCUGAAAGGAUUGACCGACUCCCGUCUCCUCUUUGCGAUCUCUUGGUUCAUCAUCAUCGAUCUCGCUUUCUUUGCUUUCUGGAUGAGCUACGAUCCAAUGACAACGGAGAAUAGAACCUACAAACCAAUCCUGGAUGACACGGCGCCUGAGCUAGAGAUCUCUUUCGUCCCAACCCUAAACAUCUGCACAUCGGCAUCAAUGCUUCCGUUCAUGGGAGCUCUCGGAGUCUACAAGGGUGGGCUGCUUUUGUUUGGCGUUUUUCUCGCCUGGUCUACCCGAAAAGUCCGCAUCAUGGAGUUGAAUGACAGUAAAUACAUUGCCCUUUCAGUCUACACUGUCUGUUUGACUUGCGUCAUCGCAGUGCCAUUUGCAUACAUCUUCUACAGCAGAGGAGACAUCAACUAUGUAUUUACUUUCGUUGGGGGCGCCAUAGUCUUUGCAACCACCGUUGUGCUGUGUUUGGUUUUCGUGCCGAAACUGAUGGCAAUUAAUGAUCCAGCAUCAGAUACAAAAGGACGCCCUCUCACUAUGGCUACCUCUACUGACACCACCUUUGAUGACAAAGACGCAACCCUUCAGCGCUUGCAACGAGCACUGCAACAGAAAUUGCAAGAGCGCAAGGAUCUUUUGGAAGAGCUGGCUAUGUUAGACAGAAUCUAUAUGCAGAGUGACUGAAUAGACAAGAAGGGUUAAACUGAUACUCUGGGCUGAACAUUAUGUGAUUUGAAUGGAGUAAAAUCAGACAAAUAAAGGACUGAAAAUUUCAUCACUACUGGACAAGUAAUAACAAAGUUAUGGCAUUUUAAAGGAUUCCAUGGAACAAUUAUUCUAUUGUAUGUCCUCAUGAAUGAUGCAACGGGGGAGCUUAUUUUGCCCCCAAUUCCGAAUUUUGUCC